AGUGAAAUGAGUGAAUGUAAAAAUAAUGGGUUCCCACCAAAUUCUGGUAGAUAUGUCUGAAUAAAUGCACUCCCUUGCAGUUGCACACACCUACCAAAACAGACACUAUUAAAAGCUAACAUGAGCUCUUUGUCCCUCUAAUUAUAGAAAGUCCUAUUAUGAAAGCUACUCCUUGAGGAAAUCUCAAAACCGUUCAACCUGAUCUCAACUUGCUUCCCUAUUUUUCUUUUCCUGUAAAAGAAAUCUAAAUGGGUAGCUGUGUGAGCAGUUAUAAAGCCUCAUCCUCUUCUUCUGUACCAAUUAUUCAACCACCCAAACCUUCACAAAACAAUGAAACAACCUUUCUAGUAGAGGAAGAAACAGUGAAGGAAGUACUCACAGAAACCCCCAAACCAGAACCACCAAAGCCACAUCGAAACAUUAAGGCCUUUCACAAGUUCACAAAAGAAGAAGAAGAAGACACCAAGGUUCACGAGAAGCAGGCAUUGUUCAUCAACAAAGGCUAUAAUACCUCAGAAAUUUGCAGGUUAAGAAAAACCAUUCCCGCUAGUACUUCAGAAAAAGCCGGCAAAAGGGUCAACGGAUCUCCGAUCAAGUUGCUUAAAAACUGUUCCUUUCCCGGUGAUAUUGACGACAGAAGAGAUAGAAUGGUUCAUGGUUCGAGGAAAUUUGGUUCUGUGAGGUUGAUUCCGUGCAGAGACCAACUGGGUCAGAAAAUGGUCAAAGAGGGAAUACGUCGCCGGCGUGAUCCCGGCGAGAAUUCUUGCCGACAGUCUCGGUCACCGGUCACACGUGUUGACACUGGUGAUGCUAGAUCCUUCGUGAGUCGGAGCCCAUCUGUAAGAAGAACGAAUCGAUCUCCAGUUGCAAGGGCUAGAACUACGUUGCCGGAGAGAGGACGCCGGCCAACGGAGAUACCGGCCAUGGAGAGUAAACGGUCUUGUAAAAAUGAGUCACUGGAAAAUCCACUCGUGUCAUUAGAAUGUUUUAUUUUUCUAUAGGAUUCUGUAAUUGCCCGGGAAUGGUUAUGGUGGUAGUGGCGCCACCAUUCAGCCACCGUUGACCGGGUGAGCUAAGUAGGGUCAAGUCACAGUGAAAGUAAAUGAUUGUGAUUAUUUAAUUAUGUACCUUCUUCAAUCUUUGGAGUUAAUGCAUUUUGGUGUAACUAACUUAUUCACAA